GUACUAUCUAUUCAUACAUUUAUGUGUAUAAUCGUCAAUAAGUUAACUGACUUAAUGAAAUUCGUAGUUAACAUUUGCAUAAAGUUUUUAACAAAUUAGUUCUGUUUAUUCACUAGUUUCUUUUUUCGGGUAUGUUCCAUAAUGUAGAAAUUUUGUUGUAGUUUAACGUCUAAACAUUCAAUUUCACAGUAAAACAGAUUUUUAUCGUGUUUCGUUUAGCUACUAUAGAUAUGCAUUAUGUGUAGAUGUGUUAGUUGAUUCAUGUUUUGUAUUUAAAUGAUGUGCUAUGUUGGAAUGAAAAUCAUGUGCUCAAUAGUGAUUAGCUUUGAGAGGUAAGUCUCGGAGUUUUUUAAUAGGAUGUUGUGACUAGCGCAGCUCAACUGUGUCGAGUGUGAGACAAUAGGAAAUGGUCGUGCAAUAUUGUGGACUUAUUGAAGUUAGACAUCAACGCUGUUGAAUGCUCGCUCAGUGGUCUGGGUGUUAAGCGUUCACGCGAGACUAAUGUUCCUAGGUUCGAGUCCCGCCUGCGGGGUCGUGGACGCGCAAUACUGAGAAGUCCCAUAUUAAGGCGAAAUGGCCGUCCAGUACUUCCAGGUUCUCAAUGGUCGUCUAAUAUUAAUGGGUUCAUGAUCUCAAUUAAAAAAAAAUUAUUUGUUCCCUUGUGUUUCAACUUAACUCAUUGAAUUACUCGUACUCAAAUGAAAUUUUAUCAUGAAUCAAUCAAGGUUAGAAUCUGUCGUCUGGUAGUUAGAAAUCAAUUGUUUUAAUAAGUGAAUCACAAUUUCACUAUGAAUGUGACUGAUUCAGUCUGAUCAGUGAUAUGUUAUUCAACUCUUAUGUUUGCUAACUUGUUAUCAGAAAACGAGACGACUAAUCGGCUUUUUCAAAGAACUUGUAUUCAGAUAUUAAUUAAAACUUAUUUAUGAUUACGGCAUGUGAUUUGCCAUCGUUGACUUGAAGAACUGAAUCGGUCAUUCUACCCUUAAAACUAGUCAAAAGUUAUAUUUGAGGUUUAGAUUUGGAAAGGUUCUGUUUACAUUUAUUGACUUGGACCUGUGAGUCAGCUUUUGAAUGUCGAAGAGGUCAAAUUGGUCAGUAGAUCAAAUAUAGGUUACUAAAGGAGACUAAACGGUUUUAUCUCUUAUUAAUGAUUGGUGUAUACCUGUAAAAUACCAAUCUCCAAUGCCGCUGUAGUUUGUUGGCAUUGGUCAUUCGAAGCCUUGAUUGGUGCAGAUCAGGGAAGCCUAAUAUGAAUAUCUGUUUGAGGAAUUACACCAAACAUAAAAUGCGUAGGUCAGUGAUGUUCUGCCAUUUGUCUAUUUGUCGUUAACAAAUUGUAGUCUAUGUUUGAUGUAUCGCCUUAGGACGAGUAGGCGAAUCGAAAGUUGAGCGGUGAAAUUCAAUCAGCAAUAAAGAUACAGAAGUGAUUAUUUUCAAGUGAUCAUUCAUUGUGAAUGUCUUAGUCUUGUAGAAGUCAAGUGGUGGCGCUAGUUAGUGAAUAGUAACAUCUCAAAUUCGUGAUGAUACAGAUUUCCAUAGGUUCCAAUCCAGCAUUGGACAGCAUUUCCUUCAAGAUUGCUGAUGUGCUUGGCUUAUGCUACAUGACUAGCAUAAAACCUAUGUCAGUAGUACGUCAUUUUUGUAUUGGUUGCUUGAAACUUCCCAUUGAUUUUUAGAACUAUAAUUGAUUAGUCUCUUAUUGGCAUAUGUGCAUCUUGUGCGGAUUGUCUCGAUAUUGCUUUCAAUUGCAUCAACUCUGGGAUGCAGGUACAUCCAGCUGAUGAGUCUUAAAUAGGACGAAACACGAGUCCUGAAUUUCACUGCUAGCCACCAUCAUUCUAGGUCAAUAGUAUUCUACUGAUUAUCUCUCACCAUCAAGUCUUGUCUUAGACAUAUAGCUCAGUAACUCACUUUUUCAUUUUGUGUAAAUUCUUUAUGAUUUCGGUUUUUUCGCCUUUCCUUUUCCAGUUCAAUUAAACGACAAAAGUUAUGAAUUUCUACUCAAUUUAAUUCAUGCAAUUGAAAAAAAUGGUAAGCAGUUAUUUUUCUUCCAUAUUCGUUUAAAUCUACUUCCGAAUUAACUUCCGAAUUAAAUUCACACAUAUUUAUAUUGUUUUAGCGAAUACACUCACUAGUGACUGGCUUCAAGAGGUAUUUUCUUGAGUUCUAGUGAGAAGCAGUGACCAGUGGAGUUCAGACGGGUCUUUUGUGAGAUAGUAACUCACUGAAGACAAUGGUGGAUGGUGGCUCAAUUCCGUGGAUUAGUUGAAUUCAAACAUUAACACCGUUGGAUGCUGACCAGCUCAGUGGUCUAGAGGUUAAGCGCUCAUGCGUUAGACGCAUAGGUUUUGGGUUCGAAUCUCGUGAGGCGGGAUCGUAAAUGCGCACUACUGACGAGUCCCACAUUAGGACGAAAUGACCGUCCAGUGCUUCCAGGUUUUCUACGAUGGUCUAGCUUCAAUUGACUCAUGAUCUCAACUAUUGAUAUUUUUAAUGAAUAGUUUACUUGAUUCUUAUCGGUUGUUUGAAAAGACAGUAUCUUGUUUUGUCUUAGUUAUAAUGACCUUACAUUGACUAUCCAAUGUAUGUUGUACACUGACAUUAUUUAUUAUAUUUGUGUAGGGCAUGAAAAUGUUGAUUAGCAUUCUGUUCAUGCAUCAGGUUACUCAAUAUCAAGAAUACCUGGUUAAUUAGUCGGUCAUAUGUGACAUGUGAUCUUUAUCUGAAUUAUAGAUAGUUUGAUAUUGAAAUAAAUAUCAAAAAAUGUCGGUAUUUACGUGUAAGAUAGUCAAUAUUGUUGAAGUAUGACCACGGUUACAUUUUGAAAAAUACCAGAAAAUAUACAAUAGUCUCUAGGGUUUAAUUUUAAUCUCAUUAUUGAUUUUGUAUUGAAAUAAACAAAGUAUUUGUAAUGUUUUUUAAGAGACUGAUUCUUGCACUUAUAAUGUUUGAUAGUUUAAGGGAUAUCCAAAUGGUGUAGAAGAUUUGUAGCUCAGAUGAAUGAUUUUGGUGGAGUUUUAUUCUCUGAGCUAGAUGGUUUGAUCGUGUUUUCAUCAAAAAGGAUAUCCAAAUAUAAUAUGUCGAAUCAUUUAGAAAUGCAUCACCUAUCCAAAGCAUGUUUGAAUUGAAUUACUAAAGUUUUUAUUUGAGAAUGUAGCUAAAAAGUAAUAAUCGAUGACUCGACAUAUUUAAUUGAGCCAACUUUAGUCACCUGUCCUUCAAUCACUGAAUAAUCGGAAGAAGUUGCAUUACUUUUAGUUUCUUUUUCUAUGAAAUAUACAAAGUGAAGUUGUAAAUCGUUCAUUUUACUAAGAGUUAAAAAUACGGCCGCUCACUAAUAAGGAAGAAAUAUUUGUUCAGUUAUUGUUAGUUUCCAAAGGUUGCCUAACUACGCUCAGUCUGUUUUGCAUCAAUGAAAGUUUAAAGUAAUUGACUUAACACUUUUUAGAUCAUCCUUUCAACUCAUUAUACUUUAAUUUCUUGAGAUUUCUUUUUGGAGUCACAAUAUGAAAUGGUCAUGAGAAAGUGGUAGUACUUGGAAGAUAUGGUAUUGGUAACUUGAAUACUACAUCUGAUUCGUCUUACUCGGAACGGAACGAAGAAUCAAGGAUUCAGGGACUCGAUAGGCUAUACUGGUCCGUUGUCUCCGACUCAGCUAACUCGAUCCAGAAGUCUUGGUAAGAUGUAGAAAGUGUAUUCUACAGACAAUCAGAAGAUACCAGGUCCAUCAAGCACACAAAUCAAGCGUAUUUAUACAAAAUAUAUAUAAUCGAUAAGUUCGUCAAUCGACUAUAUGCGUGGGUGGUAAGAAAUGCCCAAGCAUACAUCUCCAUACAAGCUCCACAAAGAUAAAAUUACAAAAUAUGAGUUUUGGGGAUCUAACGUCCCCAACAGUAACACCUGAAAUAACGAGGUAGCUAAAGAGAUUAACUUCUAAGGAUUUUCAUAGAUUUUUUUCUAACCAAUGAAAAUAGAGAUAGGAUGGAUUGGUUGACACAAAUGAAGAGUAAUUUUCAAAGUGGAUAAAAAUGAUGGAUCGUAAAUUUAGUAAAAGAGAGUUUUCUUAACCGUCAUCUACAUAUUUAUUGGACACAUAUAUAUGUUUUUGUCCCCGUACUCUUCAAAUGGUUGGUUCGAUACAAAUCAUUGUACAUACGAUCCCGGAAGAUAUAUUACUUUAAUGUAUCUCAGUUACGAAUCAUACGUACAUAUCCCUCGUUGCGGUGUAUCUUUAAAGUGGUGGUUUUAAGUUCCAGACAUCUAACUUUCUGUUAUUCAGUAACAUAUUUGAACGCCACUCCUCAGCUACCUUGAUCAAAGUAGUAGGGUAGUAUGUUUAAAUUUAGAUCAUAAACCAAUCGAUGUUAGACGAUCAUUGCAAACCUGGAAACAUUGCACAGCAGUUCCGUCCUAGUAUCGGACUCCUCAGCAGUAUGCACCCACGAUCCCGUGCACAAGACUCGAACCUAGGACCGUCGUUCUCACGUGCGAACGCUUAACUUCUGGUAACUUUAAACCUCUCUCUUUCCUACAUACUCAAAAAACUGUAUAAAUCAUUGUUGGGUGCAUAAAUCUAUAGUAAAUACACAAUACUUCUUGACCGUCGUUGCAAAUUUAUGGUGAUUUGUAUGUAAAUCACAAGAUCCGAUUCUAAACGUUCUCGAAAAACUAUCUCUUAACUUAUGCGUGACUUGUUUUCGUUAACUUUGUGGACAAAUUUUAUUGUAUUCUCAGUUUAUCUUUUUUUUUGUUUCAGGUAUUCAAGUUGAAGGAAUCUAUAGAACAUGUGGGGUGAAAUCUAAAGUUGCCAGUCUGAUUAAACAAGCUCUAUGUAAGUUUUAAAAUCUGUUGUCAUAAUCGACUUUUCAAUCAUUAGCACAAAUGUAUAUCAGUCCAAUUUAUCACACUUCACAUUAGCAUUAUGAGGAAGUAGCAAGUUCAAUUAUAUAAGAGGCUGUAAGAAAAUACCGUAAGUAGCUUCGUAGUUUUUGUCGUAUGAUGUCUCAAAUUGACUUUUCUUGAAAUCGUGGAACAUUUAUAUUUGAACUCGGUAGUCUGAAAAUGCCGCGUAGUACGAAAUCAAACUGUAAUGUAUCCAACCCUUGCCAGGGUCGAUGCUUCGGACUUUUUCAAGCGACCUACACUAUGACAAGAAACUUACUGUUCAACUGUUCCUAAUCUUUGAAUAGUUCUUCAAAUCUUAUCAAAUCAAAAUCAAAACCUUGUUUUAAUUUAUGUGAUAGUGGAAAAUAGACAUGUGAAAUAUAUUUUUACAAUUGAAUUCACAAGUCGAUCUAAGUUAGACCACCAUUGAAAGCCUGGAAGCAUUAGACGGCCGUUUCAUCCUCGUAUGGGACUCCUGAGCAGCGUGUAUCCACGAUCCCGCAUGUAAAACUCGAAAUAAAUUGUAGUUAAAAAUGCACGAAUUAUAUAACAAUAAUUAUAAUGUUUAUGAUUAUUCUGAGCUUGUAAUUUAAAGGUUGAUAAAAAGUGAAUACAUCUACGUCACUGACUUCAAGUUUGCAUUCUAUUAUGAGACAUCUACUGUAGAUUACGAUUAUCUUGAACGGAAUUUAACUACAAUUGUAAUGAAAAAGUGAAUGCAGUUUUUGAUAUUGUGAAGUGGAUCUAAUAGUUUAAUACUGUUUGAGUAUAGCAUGAUGUAUCUUCAAAAGAGACAAUUUUACUGGUCAUGUAAUCGAGUCGUUUAUUAUGAAAAUAGUUGUCGUAUCUAAUUCGCUUAUUGAUUUAUUAACUUUUAUUGUCUGUAUCGCCGAUGUCUUUCUGUUUUACCAAUGAUACUGGUCAGUGACUAAUAACCCAAGACCUUAGCAUUUAUUAAUCUUCGAGCUCUUCCUCCCAACCUCAUUACACAAUCAGAAAACUAAGUUAUACAUGGCUCAGAAUUUAUACAAUAAUAUACCUCAAAUAUCUGAUUUCUCAGCAACACAAAUAGGAAACUACAAUACAUAAACAACUCAGUCAUAAGUAACUCAAAAAUGUCACAACAGUGGAAAAUUAAUUACUGAUAAAUCUGAAAUAAUACGUUAGAUAACAUCGGUUUAUGAAUCAAAUGCAAUGGUAAUUACUUUGUGCUCACUAGGGAAUAGCUUCAUGAGGGAAUUCUCGGAGUUCUAAUGAGAAACCGUGACCAGUGGAGCUAAUCCAUGUCAGGUAGAGACAGGUAUCUACGUCACUGCAAUGGAAGAUGUUCUUACAAUUUCUUGGAUUUGUUGAGGUUAGACAUUAACAUCGUUGGAUGCCUUCUCAGUGGCCCAGAUGUUAAGUGUUCGCGCGCGAUACCGAAGUUCCUGGGUUCGAAUCCCGCGAGCAGAAUCGUGUAUGGGCACUGCUGAGUAGUAGGGGGCGAAACGGCUGUCCAGUGCUUCCAGCUUUUUAAUGGUGGUCUAACAUCAAUCGAUUCACAAUCUCAAUCCAAAAUUUAAUAAUCUCUGCACAACCCUAUACUGAAAGCUUUUAAAUAGGUGCAUAUAAAAAUCCAGUAAUUCAGGCGUUAAAUAAUUUUUCAAUAAAAAUACGAAUAAUAAUUUCCUUUAGGAUAGUUAAUAUAAGUUCAACCUUACUCUGAUCCUGUUCCACAUGACAAAUGUAUGUUCAGAUACUAACUUACUUACCUACGCCUGUUACCCCCAAUGGGGCAUAGGCCGGCGACCAGCACUCCCCAACCCACUCUGUCCUAGGCCUUCCUUUCUAUUUCUAUCCAAUUGUUGUUCAUUCUUCUCAUGUCUGUCUUCAUUUCUCGGCGUAUUGUGUCCUUUGGUCUUCCGCCUCUCCUUUGUCCUUGAGGAUUUCAAGUGGGGGCUUGCCUUGUGAUUCAGUUGGCUGCUUUCCUUAAUAUCAGUCCUAUCCACUUCCAGCGCUUCGCCUGGAGCCUACUGCCGGUUUCAAGCCCAGAUAAAGAAGGAGAGUUGGGCAUGGGGUUAGCGACCUCAUCCCGUUGAAAACUAACUCGCUAAAAAACACUAAUCAGCAAAAAUAAUUCAAACCAUUUAAACUCUGCCCUAUGAGUUAGAACGUUUUCAUUGAGAAGAGUUAUGAUGCCACAUUGUGAAAGCCCAGUUCCUUUGGAAGUCACGAGGCUGACGCCUCUUCUAACAGCUAGAGCGACCAUUAAUUUGUGUACAUGGAAUGCUUGUACAAUGUGGGAGGCCGAAAGAGUCUUCCAAAUUGCUGCAGAAUUAAGAUACUAACUACCUUACUUUUUCUAAUCUCUUCUAAUCUUGACUGAUUGUGUUAUUUGUUUGAAUUCAUUGGUAACUCAGUCAGUCUCUCUCUCUCUGUGUGUCUUCUGUCCGUUAUUAUAAGAAAGCAUGCGUGAUUCAUAAUCAUGAGAAUUUCCUUAGUCACAUGGUACACAACAAUAUUCUUCACAUAUUAUAAUUACUUGUCAUAGAAACUAUCCAAUUCUAUCAGCCUAAAAUGUCGGCUUAAGUUUUUCAUGAACCAUAUGUGGGCUAUAAAAUGAUUAGUCUAAUAUUUAUAAACUGAUUAAUCUAAGAAUGUCAAUUGAUUAAGUUAACUUUAAAUCUAUUAAUCAGAUUAGUCAAAUCCCAUUAGCUACCUUAAACAUUGAUGUGUAAACUUGUAGUAAUUUGGUUACAUUACAAAUGUACUUGAUAGGUGUCAAUCAGUAUUUAAUACUAAAAAAAACAAUACUUGAUUUUGAUGGAGUUUUGUUCUCUGAGCUGGAUGGUUUGAUCGUGGGGCUUUCAUCGUUCUUCUGAACAACAUCAUCAGCACAAACUUCAGGCAGAAUUGAAGUGUUCGAAUUUCUCCAUAUGCGUUUCACAGCUUGUUCUGUACACCUCGAUGUUGAUUGGUUCUUAUUGACCUUAAAUUUGUACUUGAUUACUACUAUCCAGAUACCGAUUAUAAUGUAAACAUUUGAGUCCUACUGAAAAGAUUAUUUAAUAUCUCUUUGAUUGCAACACACUUGGUGACGUCGUAGUAUAAUCUGUGUGACUAUAUCACUCUGUUGAGUUUUGUAGAUUAUUUCCAACUAAUACAUAGUCUCAUCUCAGAGCUUCUUUACAUAUUGUUUCAUGUUGAUAGAGAUAGCUAAUGCAUAUACAAGGGAGAUGAAAAGGGGAUUAUUCAAUCGUCUAAUAGUUUACUAUUUACCUUACUGAUAUAUAAAGGAUUGGUAUAUAGUAAGUUCAUUACUUCUUCAGUGAUACUAGAUAUAGUCAAUAAAUUAAUAUAUUUAUAAUAUCCCAAUGAGUAGAAAAAUUAAAUUUUAUGACGUUUCGUGACUUAGUGUAAGCCACUUCUUCAGACAAAAUAAAUAACCAAAUCAAAAUGAAUCUAAGUUCAAAUAGUACAACGGAACAACACAAGAAUAUUAUUAUAUGCGAUCAAUCAACAACAAAGAAUAGGUCUGAAUAAAUCAAUGUUAUGUCAUUUCGGUCAAGGUGAUUCAUAAGUGACAUGUAUGUAAAUUUGUGUGUGUGUGUGUGUGACAAAACUAUAAUAAUCACAAAAGCUGACAAAGGCAACACAACAGUGGUCAUGAAUAGAAUAGAUUAUAUUAAUAAAGCUCUUGAACAUCUCUCUCUACAGGACCAUAUGAAAAGAUCGAUCCGAAAAAAUUCUCUAACGAUUAAAAAUUAAAUUAGGGACAAGUCAACUUUUGAAAGAACUAAAACGAGUCAUUGGUAUCUCGUUAUGGUUUUCUCUAUAUCCCAUUUCACGUUUUUAUGGUAUACCUAGAAUUCAUAAACCAGACAUCCCUUUUAAGACCUAUAGUAGACUUCACGAACACACCAACAUAUGCACUAUUGAAGUAUCUGAGCGGCAUAUCAAAGCCACUAUAACUUAACUUACAUAAUGUAAUUAAAGAUUCCUGUGACUUGAAAUCAAAAAUGUCGGAAUUAAUUAUCGAAAAGAAUGAAGUCAUGGCAAGUUAUGCUGUUGUAUCAUUAUACACUAGUAUUCCUAUUGAUAAAUGCUUAGAAUUUAUUGGUGGUUUACUAGAGAGCGAUAAUACUCUUCCUGACAGAUAUCCUUUAAGCAUUAGUCUAAUCAUGAAAUCCUUAAAACUCUGCUUAAAUUCGGCACUAUUUACUUUUAACGAAACUUUAUACAAACAAACUAACGGUGUAGCAAUGGGAUCCCCCAUAUCCCCGAUUGUAGUCAACCUGUUUAUGAAACACAUAGAAUCAAAUAUUUUCGCCAAUGACACUAAAUCACGGAUUUGGCUUAGAUAUGUAGAUGAUACCUUUGUUGUCAUAAAAAAGGCUCAUCUAAGAUCUUUUUCGAAACAGAUCAGUACACGUUCAUCGCACAUCAAAUUUACGAACGAGAAUGGAAAUAAACAUGGUGAACUAUCAUUUUUAGAUUGCUUAGUGAAAAGAAAUCUAAAUGGAAUUAUAAAUUGAUCCAUUUACCGAAAACCUACACACUCAAUGCAAAGAUCUCGCUAGCCCUAAAUCUUUUUAGAAGAGCAAACAAGAUUAUCACAUCGGAAGUGAAUAAACAAAAAGAACCAACGAUUGUAAUUAACAUUUAAUACAAUUUAAUAAUUUUCCUGUGAAAAGGUUUUUCCAAUUACAAAGAACGGAGUGUAGCUGAAGUGUCCUAUGUAAUGCUUAAUCCUACUGCUUUCAAUAGAAAAGAAGGCCUUAUCAUACAUCCUACUUGGACUAUCUAUCCUAGCCACCUAGUCUGAUAUCAUUCACAAUUCACACUAUCAUCUUACAAAUUAAACUCUAUCCUUUCUCAUCAUAAAGAUCACACAUUUUUCAUCCUUAAUAGUGCACACAUACACGCACACAAAUUUACAUUCAUAUCGCUUAUGAAUCACCUCGACACUGAUUCGUUCGAACCUGUUUUUUGAUUGAUCACAUAAUGUUCUUGUGUUGUUCCGUUGUACUAUUUAAACUUGGAUUAAUUUUAAUUUGGCUAUUUAUUCUCUGAAGAAGUGCCUUACACUAAGUCACAAAACAUCAUAAAAUUUAAUUUUUCUACUCAUUGGGAUAUUACAAGUAUACUAAUUUAUUUAUAACAAUCCACCCAAUGCUUAAUUUAUUCGGAAUUAUCAAGUCAAACCUUGAUAAUGAUAGCUAGAUACAGUCAAAUUUAAUUUUAUGAAUAAUCAUUUGAUAUUCAAAUGUAUCUAGACGCCGACCGUUGUUUCUACUUUGAUGUGGUAGUCGGGCUUGCCUAUUGUGACCAACCAAUCGAAUUAUGCUAACUGGAACAAUCACUCCUCAAGUUUCUACUAUGCCAGACAAGUCGGUUGGAAAAUGGUAAGACUAAAAGCAGCAAAACCAAGGUCCGAGGGCGAAGUCGUACUGUUGACUGUACAGAGGUGUGACGGUAGUAAGAUGUUUCCCUCAAACGACCAACAUAACAGCGAUGUUGUCUUCUCACAAAAGAAGGGUGAUUUAGAAAAAGUCUAUCUCAAAAAAGCAUACCUCACCUUAUCCCACGGAUAUCUGUCUCUGGCGGUAAGGUCUCAACAAGUACGGAGCUAACACGGAAAUUACUCACAAGAAGGUCGUGUGUGACCGGCCUCAAGCAGUUGUCCCUUGGGCACUGUGGUCACGCUUUCAGGUCACCAAGACCACCCCUAGCCCGAUUUCCUUUUCAGGUACCUCCAGAAGAACCCUUCCACGGUGUGGGCAACCGUGAAGUGAUAAUCGCCCUCAUUCCUCCAACAGCACUCUAGACUGUAUCUAGACCACGGAUUCAUGUGUACAUUUUAUUAUUGUUUAUUUUUUAUGUAUAAUUCUCAAGCUCCAUCAGGAAUAUCCAAGACGACUUUGUCAAAUUAUGAAUUAUGCGUUUUAACUGGUGCAUUAAAAAGUUUUAUUCGACAAUUAGAAACUCCAAUUAUGACAUUUCAAUUACAUGAUUCAUUCAUGUCUGCAAUGAUCGUUUGAAAACGAUCUCUGUUUUAGUGACGGGCAAACUGCUUAUUUUUUUGUGAUGCCGUGAUCUGACUCCGAUUUGGACGAACGUAUGAAUAUAUUAUGAACAUAAAUCUUCCAUUUAACUCCGUAUACUGCCUAGGCUAAACGCGUUUGUGUGACGGCGGCACCAAGAAGCUAGACAUUCAGAAUAAGGGGUAGAAAAGCGAAGCUGAGCCGAGAGGACGAGUAAGCCCAUUCUAGUUGAUUAGGUAUGACUUGGUAUUUAUAAUUAGACAGGUGUAUGAUGAGUGGGAUGUGCAAUGCACAUGCAUACGCUCAUAUAAAAACAGUCAAGGUUAAUAAACCAAUUAUUAACAAGGUCAAAAUGUGACUUGAAAAGAGGGGGUAAAUCGGUUGGUACGAGAGCUAGAAUAACCCUUGUGGGCUUGACAUUACAAUGUAUUUCAUAGAAAAAAAGUCAUAACUAAACAUUCUGGUGGAGUUUUGUUCUCUGAGCUGGAUGGUUUGGUCGUGGAGCUUUCAUCGUUCUCCUGAACGACAUCAUCAGCACAAACUUCAGAUAGAAUUGAAGUGUUCGAAUUUCUCCACAUAUGACUCUCAGCUUGUCCUGUAGACCUCGAUCUUGAUUGAUUAUUGCUGACCUUUAACCUAUCAUUGUAUACUUCCUUUUUUUUAUUGUAUCUCCCAUUAUUGAUUUGUCUCUUGGUCUUAUGGUUGACCAUAAUUUUCUGAUUGGUCGAUCAUUGGAAGAUACAAUCAAAAUAAAGUAAACAAUGACAGGUUAAAAGUCAACAGUAAUCAGUCAAGAUCGAGGUCUACAGGAAAAGCUGGGAGUCAUAUGUGGAGGAAUUCGAACCCUUCAAUUCUGCCUGAAGUUUGUGCUGAUGAUGUCGUUUAGAAUAACGAUGAAAGCUCCAUGACCAAAUCAUCCACCUGAGCUACAAAACUUCUCCAUCACAGUAAACAUUCAGCAACUAUAUUCUUCUUCUAUUAUAGUAUUUUAAUAUUGGAUCUCGUUUGAAUUGUUGUAAUGUGAUAGGUUUUAGUGAAAUUUCGAUAAUUUUAUGACAAGACGAAGUUUAUCAGAAUUAUGUGGUUUAUUUGAGCAAUACAUUUCAAACGAUCUGAUCACACAUAUACUUGUCAAGACAUUAAAAGGUUAACUAGACAUAUUAAAGGUAAGUCGUAACAAAGAAAACGAAUAAUAAGGUACACAAAAACAAAGUGAUAACCACUCUGGAUAAUAAAUCAGUAUUACCAGGGUAGGUUAAGGAUAAGGAUAAAUUAUUUUUGAACGCAUGAAGGGGAUUUCAAUUUCCGUAUCUCCAAGGCUUCAAUAAACCUUAGUAUAAGUCCUUAAAGGUUUUUGUAUAACACUAUAAAUGCUGACUUGAUGUCAACUUUUUGACCAGUCUCAAUCAAAUGUUUCGCAACUGAGGAUGAUAUCAGUCUAUCCUGUGAUGUUACUUGACCAUUGGAAUUCAUUUGCUUCUGCAGCCAUUUUGAUAUGUGUUCACCCACCCUUAAUUGGAAAUCACGAUUGCUCCUUCCUGUGUACAUGUUUCCAUGCAUACAUGUAAAUUGAUAGACACAAUGAGAUGUGACACAAUCGUUUACGUGUUGUUUGGGCUUUUGAUGAAACACAGACCUUGUCUUCUCGAUAGUGAAAUUGGAAAAAUCUGUACACAUCACAAUCAAGACUGAGUUCAUCUGUAAUGUUACAUAUUGUUGAAGGGAAUAUUUUUUUUCACCUGAUUUAACUAACAUUUUAAUUCAAAUGAUGGUGUUAUUUAGUUUGUUUUAUUGUCAUUGAAUUGAUUUGACUUGAAAAAAAUGCUCAACUACUCAUCCAUCUAUACCAUUUCUCAUUUUGAUCUCUAACAUUUUAGUUACUUGUUCUAUGUACAUAUUCACAAAUCGAUCUCUAUUAAAAAGAAUAUCUAGUAAAAUAUAUCUUCAUUACCAUUAAUUUAUCUGUAAAAGUUAAACAGGAUAUAGAUAUUACAAUGAUUGAGAUCAUGAGUCACUUAAAGCUUGACCAUCAUGGAAAACCUGGAAGCAUUAGACGACGCGCGAAACUGAUAGGUCCUGGGUUCAAAUCUCACGAAGGGGGGGGCAGGAUCGUGGAUGCGCACUGCUGAGGAGGAGUCCAACAAUAGGACGAAACGGCUGUCCAGUGCUUCCAAGUUUUCCAUGAUGGUCUAGCUUCAGUGAACUCAUGAUCUCAACCAUUGGAAUUACUACAAUAUCCACAAACCCUCUUCUGAUCAGAUAUAGAUAUGGUUUACUAUGAAUUUAACAUUUCUCAAAAUAAUGAUAGUAAUAAUUAGAUAUUAGAAAGAAGAUGAUUGAACAACUGUUCAAUACAUAAAUGUAAUUGAUCUCAGCUAUGGCUUUGUUCUGCUCUAAUUUGAGGAACUUGAAUACACAAACGUAUAUUUGUUUACUGAGUUAAGAGUAUAUGGUUUAAAAAUUUGUUCAUAUAUAUGUAUACUACUUAUGAUCAAGUUUGUUCCAGUAACCUGUAGGAAAGUUAUACGCUUACACCUCGACAGUCAUAUUCCUGUUAAUGUAUAUAAUAGUUAAUAACAAGUUCGCAAUAUGUAUUCAAUGAUGAUUUGGACUAAUAUUAGUUAAAACGUCCAACUUUCAACCUAUAAGUUACAGUUUUGAACCCUUUCUCUAUUUUCCUGCCUUGAUUAUAUCAUAUCACUAACAUUUACAUCAUUGAAGUCUAACUGAAAUUUAAAGUGUAUACGAUUUACAUUGAAUAUUCAUUGCCUAUUCAAUUAAUUAAUGAAUUUGUGUAUUGUGUUUAUUUAUUGGAUUGUUCUACUUGUUGUUACUGAUUGUUUUCUCAAUUUUAGAACGAGAUAAUGCUUAUCGAUUAACAGAACUUAGUGCAUUAUUAAAAUUGUUACCACCAGAAAAUCAACGUACUUUAGACUUACUGAUUAGGCAUUUAUCAAGCGUUGCUGCCUACAGUCAAUUGAAUCACAUGAAUCCAAGUAAUCUAGGCAUUGUAUUCGCACCAUCAUUGUUUCGUUCACGUGAAGAAUCUGUCGCUGCGAUUAUGUCAACAAAAUUUGCUUCAACUGCUGUCGAAUUAAUGAUUAUUAAUUACUCAAGUUUAUUUCCAAUACAUUCAUCGAAUAUUCUUCGACCAAUACCUCAGUUAUCUUUACCAUUAUCUACUACCCCACUUGUUAUGGAUGAUAGAAAUGGAACUAUAAGCGAAAUUAACAAUACCACUCAUAAUUCUAUCAGUGAUAUAUUUGAUAGUAAUAAUACUCCUACUAAUAUGGGAAAAUAUAACCAUAUUAAGAAUGGUGAAAACUCUGUAGAACCAGUGUAUACUACACCGGUUAUUGGCUAUCCUUUUCAAUUAACCAUAUGUAACUCCUCAGUAGUGCGCACUCAUGAAGCGGACAACGACCAAACACUGGACUUUUAUGUCAUCAGUAGAUUCACUGAGUCUGGGUCCAACUGUACAAUUACAAUUAAAAUUAGUUUUCAAUGAAGCAGAGGAAUCCCCUACUAAGACAAAAUAGUCUUUUGGUGUUUUAAUUCUUACUAAUACCUCAACUGAGAUCAAUUUGUAAUGAUUGUAAUCUACAUAUUGGUAUCCCACUAAAUCCAUAGUGGUCGAUUCUAGUCAAGAAUUCAAAAGCAUGUAAACCAUGUUCUCUCCUCUGUAGUUUAGUUUAGUUAGGAAGUAUCAUCAGCCUUCCUACUAAUAAUAAAAUAUGGCUCAAAACCUUUACCUAGUCAAUCAACUAUGUUGCAUAUAUUUCAUGGUUUCGUAAAAUUCUUACAUACAUAUUUUAUUAACUGAUAUCAUUAGAUCUGAAAACAUGUUCACUUCGUCCAGUAAUGAAAACUACUCAUCUCAAACAUCUUUACAAUCGAUUAAAUCAUCAUCUACGUUUACAUCUUCCUUCACAACAACAUCAACAACCACGAAAUCAAAUUCACAAUCAUUCAAAAGUUCACCAAGUCUCCCAAUCGCAUUACAAAUUGUCCAUGACAAUGAAUACAUUACUAAUCAACACGAACAAAAUUCAACAAAUGAAAAAAUUUUAAAUCAUUCUCUUCAUCAUCAUAAUUCUUUAUUAGUUACAUCACCAUUAUCUAUUCAUCACAAUAAUCCUUUAAUUGAACCAUCAUUGAGAUCUCGUAUAUCACCGCAACGUAGCAGUCCGAACCCCCCGAUUCAUUUAGUUGUAUCGCAAUCUUUUAGAAAAUCGCCGGCACCACCACCACCGGUGACAUCAGCAAAGUGUGUAAAUACAAUCCCAGUAAGAAGCUCAUCAGCAAAACCUAUCACAUUGUCACAAACUCCUGUCACAACGACAAUCAAAGAAACUGCCACUACUGCUGUCAGUGCUUUGAAUCAUGAAGAUCUAUCCUCUCAUAAUCACUCUGAUAAAUGUAAUAAUUUUGGGGUUGAAUCCGAUCAAACAUGUAUAUCGCAUAUGUCUUCUGAAUAACAUUAUUUGAACUGCUCUCUAUUCUGCCAGGUAAUUGUUCUUUUUUUGCACUUUUUCGAUAUAUAUAACGUCAACCUGUAAAUCAUUGAAGACAUGGGAAAACUUAAAGGGGUAUGUACACUAGGACCCCCAAGAGACUGAGUCCAUGAAAUGCAGGCCUCGUAUGGUGUGCCUUUACCUCGUUGAUAUAGGAUCCACCAGUCCAUGUAUCCAAUCUAAAAGGGUUCAUCACAAUUGUACCAUUAUAGCAUGACACGAAAUUGAAUGAACUUUACAAAUGGAGGUUUUUUAAUAAGAAUCAGCUCAGUAGUGCCUAGCCUUAUGAAGAAUCUUAGAGGUUUCAAUUUGAAAUCUUGACUGGUAGACUACUAUUGUUACUGAUACUUCUACUACUAUUAGACAUCAUAUCUAUGAAUGGUGAUAUGAAUUGAGUUUAUCAGUGGACCAUUCUGUGUUUGAAGUGAAAAGUAAUGGGUUCCAUAUACAGUGUGAACUUUAUCAACGGACCUAUCUAGUCUCCUAUGUAGGAAAAGACACUCAUGUUGUAAUCCAUUUUUAAUCAAACUUUAACAUGAUGUUACAUAUUUUAAUAAAAAACAAAGACUUAUUCCUUAUUUUCGCAUCAUUAUGUUUCAGAACUUCAAUGCAUUGAUACAGAAGUACAGAUGUCAAAUAAAAUGUACCAGUAUAUCACCUAACUUAACUGAUUGGUUGAAAAUUUCUAUGUACAAAUUAUUCUACUUAAAUACUUAUAAAUAGUGUAAAAAUGUUUGAAAAAUUACUUGUCAAAUAGCGUUCGACUUGUCUUCCUUUCUUUUUUUUGAGAAAAAUAUACAUCAUAUUACUUAUAUUUACGUAUGUACACACUAUUUUUAGUCUGUUUUUGAUCAAUCAAGGUAUCUCUUUUAUGCUGUCGUUCUUGUUUGUUCCUUUAGUUUUUUUCUUUUUCAUUGGAAAUAAUCUCAGUAUCUGUAUUGUACGUCACAAUGAGAGUAAAAUAAAUUGUAUUAUGAUGUAUAUCCCAGAUUAUUUACAGGUUGAUUUGUUAGUUAAGUUUUUUUUAGAUGUGUACUGACUUCCCAAAUGAUAAGAGAUCGUUUUUCUUGUCAUGAGUCGUUCGUUCGCAAAUUUCCAACAUUAUCUCAUGAAACAUUUGUUGAAAAUGUAGUAUUGACCAUUCCCCCCCCCCAGUAAUUUUGACUUUGAUACAGUUAUUUAUUGUAAAUAUAAAGUUCAGAAAUGAAUAACGUCUUUUCAUUUUUGGAUUUGAUGGAGGUUUGUCG